CUGGCUGCGCCCAGUUGGCUGUUGCCGUAUAGUUGCUGGGAGGAGGCGGGAGGUGGAGCCGCUGGGGCUAAGAUCAUGCCAGGCAGCGAGAGGUAUUCUGGGCAGCAGAGGCCGCUAGGCUUGGGAUGAAAGAAGCAGGGCAGAUGCAAAAUCUGGAGAGCGCGGGGGCCGGGCGGUCAGUCAGCACCCAGACUGGCAGCAUGACUGGUCAAAUACCAAGGCUUUCUAAAGUCAACCUUUUCACUCUGCUCAGUCUCUGGAUGGAGCUCUUCCCAGCAGUAAAAGCCCAAAGACAAAAAUCUCAGGAAAAGGAAGAGGGAAAGCAUGGACCCUUAGGAGAUAAUGAAGAGAUGGCCAGGACAUCUACUGACAAAAAACAGGUGAAGAGAACUGGUCUUGUGGUGGUGAAAAACACGAAAAUUGUUGGUCUCCACUGUUCUAGUGAAGAUUUACAUGCUGGAAAAAUUGCUCUUAUAAAACAUGGGUCAAGGCUGAAAAACUGUGAUCUUUAUUUUUCCAGAAAACCAUGUUCUGCUUGUUUGAAAAUGAUUGUAAAUGCUGGAGUUAACCGAAUUUCAUACUGGCCUGCUGAUCCAGAAAUAAGUUUGCUUACUGAGGCUUCUAGUUCUGAAGAUGCCAAGUUAGAUGCCAAAGCAGUGGAAAGAUUGAAGUCAAACAGUCGGGCCCAUGUGUGUGUGUUACUUCAGCCUUUGGUGUGUUAUAUGGUGCAGUUUGUAGAGGAGACCUCUUACAAAUGUGACUUUAUUCAAAAAAUUGCAAAAACAUUGCCGGAUGCUAACGUUGACUUUUAUUCUGAAUGUAAACAAGAAAGAAUAAAGGAAUAUGAAAUGUUAUUUUUGGUUUCAAAUGAAGAAAUGCAUAAGCAAAUACUGAUGACUAUAGGCUUGGAGAACCUAUGUGAAAAUCCGUACUUUAGCAAUCUAAGGCAAAACAUGAAAGACCUUAUCCUACUCUUGGCCACAGUAGCUUCCAGUGUGCCCAACUUUAAGCACUACGGAUUUUAUUGUGGUAAUACCGAACAGAUUAAUGAAAUUCACAAUCAAAGUUUGCCACAAGAAAUUGCAAGGCACUGCAUGGUUCAGGCCAGGUUAUUGGCAUAUCGAACUGAGGAUCAUAAAACUGGAGUUGGAGCAGUCAUUUGGGCAGAAGGAAAAUCUAGAAGUUGUGAUGGAACAGGCGCGAUGUACUUCAUAGGAUGCGGUUAUAAUGCUUUUCCUGUCGGAUCUGAGUAUGCUGACUUCCCACACAUGGAUGACAAGCAGAAAGACAGAGAAAUAAGGAAAUUCAGAUACAUUGUACAUGCGGAGCAGAAUGCCUUGACAUUUAGGUGUCAAGAAAUAAAACCAGAAGAAAGAACUAUGAUUUUUGUCACAAAGUGCCCAUGUGAUGAGUGUGUACCUUUAAUUAAAGGUGCAGGCAUAAAACAGAUCUAUGCCGGGGAUGUAGAUGUUGGAAAAAAGAAGGCAGACAUCUCUUACAUGAGAUUUGGGGAACUUGAGGGUGUUAGCAAAUUUACGUGGCAGCUGAAUCCAUCAGGAACUUGUGUUCAUGAACAUAAUGAGCCUGAAAGCAAAGAGAAUGGUGUGUUGAGACCCUUACCUUCGGGUGAAGAACAGCACCAAAACAAAAAGCUGUGUCUUGGAAACCACUAAGAAGUCCUGUCUAAACUGGAGUGAGGCCUCGAGAAUUUGGAUUGCACUUUUAAAAUUCAGCCUUGUUAACUCAGAAAAUAAGGGUGGAUUUUGUGAAUAACUGAGAAAAAUUGUAAGGAAGAUAAGUUAUUACUACCAUAUGGAUGAUGUUAAUGAGAAUAUUUUUAGUUUAGAUUUGUGUGUCUUCCGGAAUAUGGUGGUGUGUUCUUUUAUUACAUUAAAUGAGGUAGCAAUGAUUUAAUGAGACAAAUUUGAUCACCUGUAGAGGUUAAUUUCUCCCUGUCUUAUCUUUAUAUUAGCCAGUUUUUUGAAAGGGUUUGGUUCACUGGAGGUCACAUCUCAGCAGAAACUUAUACACCUUUUAAAAAAUAUUAAUUCCUUCAGAUUAUGAAGGUGAUAAUUAGUAAACUGUUGCAGAGAAAUAAAUGAUAACCUGGCCAUUUUU